GUUAGGCCCGAGAUUUUUAAUUUCAGAGCCAGCAUGAGUCCAGGAUAGCCAUUACUCUCCUCCACUGCCCACCUAACACAUUAUAAUUUCUGAGAAUAAAUGGCAUUGGAAUGAAACAAUUCUCAGGAUUUUUUUCCUUAAAACCUUAAUUUUUGCACCCCCUAAGGUUUUUUUUUUUUUUUUCACAAAUUAUUGGAAAUAAAUGGCCGAGAAAUUCGCGGAUUCUCGUUAUUUCCUCUUAACAUCUUUCUUCGUAAAAGAUCCGGAUUUUGGGGUUUUUCCUAUGAAAAAUCUCCAGUAGUUUCUACGUUCUCUAUUUUUUGGUUGAAUUUUCCGGUUUUUUGUUCGUUAAUUCUCCAGGAAACAUAAUAGGUUUAACCACGUCUAUGGUAUCUUUUCCCACAAAAAUUCCAUUUUGAUCCAUUUUCAUUUCCUUUUGACCUGCAAAGUUCCCCUUUUUGCCAUUUUCCUACCAUUUCUGGUGGUAUUUUUUGGGACUCGGGUGGAUCUUUCUUCGUUUCAUAAGCAAGAUCUCAUCUUUCCUCCUCCUGUUGCAAUCUCUUGUUCUUAAGUAGGUUUUCAUCCCAAGCAGCGAGCUUCGUUGCCCUCAAAAUAUUUCCAAACUUGCUUCACCUCCUCAUUUUCUUCGAUGGGUAAUGGGUUGGCGUGCAUGCCCAUAAAGGACAUGAGAGGUGGCUUUGGGUCUCGUAGCAAGAGGAAUUCCUCUCAGAGGAAGAUGGCGGCCCAAGAGGAGUUGCUUCACCGCCGGGCUCUGUCAAUGGCAAUCAACCAGCAAAAUUCCCAGCGCUUCGAUGGUUCCAUGUCUCGCCGGACCGGGUCCAUGAGCUCCCGGAGGCGGACACUCUCUGAUCCAUUCUCCAACGGGAAGCAGGUUCCAAUUUAUCUUGAGAACAUUGAAACAAGGAAAUUUGUUUUAGUACAUGGAGAAGGAUUAGGAGCAUGGUGCUGGUAUAAGACUAUUUCCCUGCUAGAGGAAGUGGGGUUGACAGCUGUUGCUUUGGAUCUCACUGGGUCUGGGAUAGACAAUACAGACAUAAACAGCAUAACAACUAUGGCAGACUAUGCGAAACCUCUCAUUGAUUACCUACAAGGACUUCCUGAUGAUGAAAAGGUUAUCUUGGUUGGUCAUAGCUGUGGCGGUGCAGUCAUUUCAUAUGCACUUGAGCUUCACCCAAAGAAGAUAUCAAAAGCAGUGUUUCUGAGUGCAACAAUGGUAGUGGAUGGACAGAGACCUUUUGAUGUGUUUGCUGAAGAACUAGGGUCUGCAGAAAAUUUCUUGGAAGAGUCGCAAUCACUAUUAUAUGCCAAUGGUAGAGACAAACCUCCUACAGGUCUCAUGUUUGACAAACAACAACUUAAGGUGUUGUUUUUUAACCACAGCCCUUCCAAGGACAUUGCGUUGGCCAUGGUGUCCAUGAGACCAAUCCCACUGGCUCCUAUCAUGGAGAAAGCGUCUCUGACACCAGAAAAUUAUGGGACUGUACGCCGAUACUUCAUUCAAACGAUUGAAGACAACAUGCUCUCGCCAGACAUCCAGGAGAAGCUGGUCCGAGAGAACCCGCCUCAUGGGAUAUACAAGAUUAAAGGCAGUGAUCAUUGUCCCUUCUUCUCGAAGCCGCAGUCAUUAAACAAGAUUUUGCUCGAAAUUGCCCAGCUGUCAUGGUGAGAGCAACUGGAUGUGCCAUGAGUUUACAAUGACCUACAGGGCUGCAGAAUGUGUAGAUACUGUGACAAAUGGAAAGGGUAGAAAUGAUGGUAAAUUAUUUGAAGCAUGUGAGGAACUACAUGAACAACAGGGAACCUAAUGCUUGUGCUCCCUUUUAGUAAUUUAUAUUUAUCAUGUUAUUGUGAUGGUUAUAGUUUUCUUUCAGAAAAAGAAAAAAAACAUAAUAGAGAUAUCCAGAUGUUUCAAUUCACA